AUGCCUCCCAACUUCGAGAACGAAGAAUCACGACAGCCUAUCGACUGGAACUGCUCUGCUACUAGGCAACUGCUAUCAUUCGCGCAGUAUGCAUCAUCGUUGCCACAUAUGCCCAUGACCACCAGGCCCCGCAUCGCUAGUUCAUGUGCGCAUUGGAGAAAGGGAUUGCGGAUUAUCAUUAUAGAGGUGAUCACCCUCUCCGCCGACGAAGAGAUGGACCGGCUGCUGGAACUGGAGACUUGGUCUCGAGUGAAUUAG